UCCCCACGUGAUUGGCGGAGCGCGGGCGGGCACAGCCCGUGAUCGCGGAGCCGCCCCCGGGUAGCAUGGCGACGCCGGUGCGGCGGAGCGUGGUGUUCGUGACCGGGAAUGCCAAGAAGCUGGAGGAGGUCACUCAGAUCCUCGGGGACGCCUCUCCCUACACGCUGGUGGCGAAGAAAAUCGACCUGCCAGAGUACCAGGGGGAGCCGGACGAGAUCUCUGUGCAGAAGUGCCGUGAAGCCGCCCGGCAGGUCACUCACCUUCUCCUUGCCCUUCACCGCUGACUGGAGUGGCGGUGUUCAGGGACCUGUUAUAGUAGAGGAUACCUGCCUGUGCUUCAAUGCCCUGGGAGGGCUUCCAGGGCCAUACAUAAAAUGGUUCCUGGAAAAACUCAAACCAGAAGGGCUGUACAAGCUGCUGGCUGGCUUUGAAGACAAGUCUGCCUACGCUCUCUGUACCUUCGCAUUCAGCACUGGAAACCUGGAGGAGCCUGUGAAGCUGUUCAAAGGCCAGACUCAUGGGCUGAUCGUGGAGCCGAGAGGCCCACGAGACUUUGGCUGGGAUCCCUGCUUUCAGCCGGAUGGCUACAACCAGACCUAUGCCGAGCUGCCCAAGGCAGUGAAGAACUCCAUCUCGCACCGGUACAGAGCGCUCAGCGAGCUCUCCGCCUUCCUCCUGCAAAGCAACUCGACAGAGCUCCGCUCCGCGUCCAGCUAGCCUCACCCUGCCCUGUUUGC